CAUUUGUAGGGUAUAAUAUACCAUUGAACCUCCUUUGGUUAUUUAUUAGGAAAGAUGAAACUGUUCCAUCUCCUGGGACUGAAGAGAAAGCAACGGCACAACAAAAGCAUUUUCAUGGAAGUAGAAACAGCUUUAUCAGGAAUGGAAAUUUCAGUGAGAUCCGGAGUCCACAGUCAUCACAUGAGAAACACUGGGAUGCAGAAGAUGACAGAGAUCGGUCAGAUAAGAUGUCCUCCACAGAGCAAGACCCAGUGCAAACUGAAACUAGUCAUAAUAACUGUAGGCAAAUGAAUGACAUGUUUGUCUUGAAAAAUGACCUAGAAAUGCAUCUUCAAACUGAAACAGGGAAAAUGCAAAGUCAUAGCAACAGUGUAAUAUUUCAUAACAGUGUGACCGAUCAAUUAAUUGACAAUGGAGAAAGACAAAAGAAUAAUUCACCAACUCGUAAAGAAGUACUCAAGAGGCAAAUUCUGUAUAAAUGUGUUAUGAACGGGAAGGGCUUUAGAGGCAGAAAAAAGUUAGCAUUGCAUAAGAUCAUUCAUAAUACUCAGAAUCAGUUUAAUACACGUCACAAAAGUGUUGCACAGAAGAAUGGUGUGGCAAGACUUCAAGAUGAACAUGUUUGGCAAAAGCCAUAUAAAUGCACCAUGUGUGACAAGAGUUUUGCAUACAAAGGCAGUAUGGUAAUUCAUCAGAGGAGCCACAAUGGGCAGAAGCCAUAUAAAUGCUCCACGUGUGACAAGAGUUUUGUGCAGAAGAGUCACAUGGUACGUCAUCAGAAGAUGCAUACAGGGCAGAAACCAUAUAAGUGUUCCAUGUGUGAGAAGAGUUUUAUACAGAAGAAUCACAUGGUGAGGCAUCAAUAUAUCCAUAAUGGGCAGAAGCCUUAUAAAUGUACCAUUUGUGGCAAGAGUUUUGCACAGAAGGGUAACCUUGUAGGACAUCAGAGGAUCCACACUGGCCUGAAACCCUAUAAAUGUACUACAUGUGACAAGAGUUUUAGAUACAAAAAGACAAUGAUAAGUCAUCAGAGUCUCCACACUGGACAGGAGCCCUAUAAAUGCACCACAUGUAAUAAGAGUUUUAGAUAUGCAAUCACAAUGAUGAAUCACCAGAGGAUCCACACUGGGCAGAAACCCUAUAAGUGCACUUUGUGUGACAAAAGUUUUAUGCAAAAGAGUCUCAUGAUAAGUCAUCAGAGCACUCACAAUGGUCAAAAACCUUUUAAAUGCACAGUAUGUGACAAGAGUUUUACAAGGAAGAGUAAUAUGAUAAGUCAUCAAUAUAUCCACACUGGCCAAAAACCGUAUAAAUGCACCAUGUGUGACAAGUCCUUCAGACAGGUAGGUGCUAUGAAUAUGCAUCUGAGUGUUCAUACUAGGCAGGUACCCUAUAAAUGUGCCACGUGUGGCAAGAGUUUUUUAGAUAAGAGAUGUCUGGCAGCACAUCAGAGUGUCCACAAUGAGCACAAACCGUAUAAAUGUACCACAUGUGAUAAGAGUUUUAGGCAUAAAAGUGCUAUGAAUCGGCAUCAGAGUGUCCACACUGGACAAAAACCUUACAAAUGUAUAGUGUGUGACAAAAUGUUUGGACAGAAAAGCCAUAUGAUAACGCAUCAGAGCAUACAUAAUGGGCAGAAACCCUAUAAAUGCACAAUAUGUGACAAAAGUUUUACACGGAAGUGUUACAUGUUGAGUCACGAAAGGAACCACACUGGGCAGAAACCCUAUAAAUGCGCAAUGUGUGAAAAGAGUUUUAGUGACAAAAUCAGUAUGCAGCGUCAUCAGAACAUCCAUACGCGGCAGAAUCUCUAUAAAUGCAAUACAUGUGAAAAGAGUUUUAUAUAUAGAUCUUCUAUGUUAAGUCACCAGAGAAUCCAUGCUGGAGAGAAACAGUAUAAAUGCCCGAUGUGUGACAAGAGUUUUGGAUACAAAAGCAGUAUGAUGAGACAUCAGAACAUCCACACUGGGCCAUCAUGAGUAAGAACUAUUUAUAUGCACACCCAAAACACACACCGCACUUGUUAACAACAAGAAAAACAAUGCUUUUACUUAAGAGUGAACCUGCAAGCUACCCUAA